AGUUAGUAGCCGCCGUGCGAACCAGCUCUGCGCACGCGCCAGCGACCUAGUAUAAAAAAAUAUAGAGGUUGCUGAAGAGAUAAUUUUUCAAAUAAGUUAUCUAUUUUCUUAUCUGUAACAUUAAAAUCCCGCGCGCUUUUUUUGGCGGGUUUUUUUUAAGUGUUGCAUACAGAAUAUAUUUGUGUUUUGACAUACGCAAUCUAAGGGAUAAACAAUGUUCCACGGAGGCAUAUUGACCAAACUGAAGAGCUUUUACAAGUGGUACGUGCUAGGACUGGUGUCGGUUGGCUACAUUCUUGGAGAACUGGGACACUAUCUCAUUGGUACCACGUCGAAGGUGACAGCGGAUGACUUGCAUUAUGGUGACAAGUCGUGUAUGCUGAACGCGACACAUUUAUCACUAAGUCAACUCCCUGUCAUAUGUGAGAAAGUCAACUCGAGCGAAAUAUGCGAAUCUCUGACCCUGAACGGCACGAAGUAUUGCGAAUGGGGCUACAAUGGGCUGGGGCUCGACUAUCAGAUCCUCGCUGGACCAGCUUACAUGGCUGUCUUCACAGUUGUAGGAGUCAUUCUUGGCGUCGCAGCUGAUAGAUUUAACCGAGCUCGUAUACUCAGCGUUUGUACCAUAAUAUACGUGUUGGCGAUCCUCGUUAUGGGCGGGGUGAAGGAGUACUGGCAUCUGGUGCUGCUGCGAAUGAUUAUGGCCGCGGGGGAAUCUGGAUGCAAUCCUCUAGCUACAGGGAUCCUUACAGACCUGUUCCCAGAACACCAAAGGGCGUUGGUGCUGUCGAUUUUCAAUUGGGGAAUUUACGGAGGCUAUGGUAUUGCGUUCCCCGUCGGACGCUACGUCCCACUGGUUGACGCUUGGGGACUUAGUUGGCGUGUCUGCUAUUAUGGAGUGGGUGUGGUUGGCAUUGUUAUUUCAAUUCUCACAUUCCUGACACUCCGCGAGCCUGCAAGAACUACGAUCGGUGAAGAAGGUACGGGGACCAACAAAGGUGGUGACGCAACAUUGGAAGCUGGCAAGAAAAUGCCUCAAGUCACCAUCUGGCACGUGAUUUGCCAACCGAGGAUAUUGCUGUUAUGCCUUGCAGCCUCUAUCAGACACUGCGGUGGUAUGACCUUCGCUUACAACUCCGACCUGUACUAUCGCGACUAUUUCCCGGACGUGGACCUAGGCUGGUGGCUCUUCGCCGUCACAGUCGUCAUCGGCUCUGUGGGAGUGGUUGUGGGGGGCGUUGUGUCUGAUAAGUUUGUCUCUCGUAUGGGAGUUCGAUCUCGCGUGCUGGUGUUGGCUCUGUCCCAAUUGGUGGCCACGCUGCCUGCCUUUGGCUCCGUAGCAUUCGGACCUCUAUGGGCCAUGAUCACCCUCGCCAUAUCCUACUUCUUUGCUGAGAUGUGGUUUGGCAUAGUUUUCGCUAUCUUGGUGGAGAUAGUUCCUCUAUCAGUGCGCUCCACCACCGUGGGCGUGUUCCUCUUCGUGAUGAAUAAUGUUGGGGGUAAUCUGCCCAUAUUGGUAGACCCCGUAUCCAAAGCUAUCGGUUAUAGGGGGGCCAUUAUGAUCUUUUACGCUGGAUUUUAUGGCAUAAGUAGUAUACUAUUCUUCCUUACAAUGUUCCUCAUGGACGGUCCGGUGGAGAGUAACGAGAAUAACCCCACGGGCCUCGACAAUAAAGCAUACAGCCACGACGAGCUUCGAAGCAAUAGGAAUUUACAAGAAAAUACCGGACUGUAAUAAAAUAUUCGGAAUUAUUAAAACUUUUUCGAUCAGAUUUUUAACGGAAUUGUAAUCAUUUUAGAUCAAGAAAAUGAAGAGCUCUUUGACAAGUGUGAUAAUUUUCUAGAAGACAUUCAUAUUUCAAUCAAUUCAUAAAAUCUCUAUGUAUUUACCCGACGAAAAGCAUUUGUCACAUUUAAUGUUAUAGAAGUUCCUAACAUUAAUAGUUAUUUACCUUUAAUUUGUAUUUGGAACAAUUCUGCUAUAUCACUCUUGCCGCGACGUAAAGCUGCUGUUUUAUACAAUUCCUUUGUAUUUUCAUACGUAAUUAAAUGUACAAAUUUUUUAUGUGGCAACCCUUCCAGAUGACAUUUGAUUCAUUUUUUUUCUUCUCCUAGAAAAUCAAUAUAGGCCAUAUGUAAUAAAAAGAUUUUCGGUCUCACUCGAAAUACGUACGAGUGAAAAAGAUAACAAUCGGUAUGAAAAAUCAGUAUAGGGUCCACAUCAAUAUUCGCCAGCCACGUAGUUAAAUUGUUGUUAAUGAAACACUACAAUCUUAGUUGUUUUGUAUUUAUUUAAGUUAUUAAUGUAAGUGUAAACCUUAUGUUGUUUAUAAACGAACAAAAAUACAAAAAAAAAACAUUAAGUACAUAGUACUAAAGCAGUGAUUUGUGAUAAAAAUAUUGUAAAUAAUAAAAUUUUCAUUAUAUAUUCAA